AUGUUCACGAACCCUUAUAAUUCGACUCCUCGCGCCACGGAGCUGCAAGCCCUCGAAGAGUACGCGUUGAAUCCCGACAAGCGGUUGGAUAUCGUCAAAAAGCACCGCAAGUUCUCCAAAGAAUACUAUCUCUAUGGCCUGCGAAAGCUGUCUCAGAGCCUUCAGGACCCUGCUACGCCACCCACCAAGGAAAAGGUCGAUGAGGCGGUCAAGUUCCUCAAAGACGCCGAGGACUCCAAGAUCGCCUUCGGUGGAGACAUUCUCAGCCAGUAUAAGGCUCAAUUCGCGAUCCUUGGGUUCGAUGUCGACCCCGAAUUGCUCACCAAAGAGCUGUCCUUCAAUCCCACCUCGGUCACGCAGCUCGAGACCAUCGUCAGUACGUCAGAUACUAACACUUCCCAACAACAGCAACAACCGCAGGAUAUUAUCGACACCCUCCCGUCGACCAUGGACCAGCAGAGUUUCAAGACCGAGGUCCUUACCAAGAAUGUCGUUGACGAGAUGGCCCUCAAAGGAACAUGGGGGUCCAUCCAGGCAACAGCUUGGCCUCACCUUUUAUCCCACCCGGACAUCGAGGACGUCCUGCUGAACAAGCUGCAGCAUGACCGCCUUUUGGCGUUCUUCAAAGACAUGGACAUCAUGUAUUCGCCCAAGAGUCUGCACAUCAUUGGCAGGGCAGACACCAGCCGCUUGGAUGAAUUGGUUGUCAAGGUCAUACUCAAGCUCUACGACCACAAGCGAUUGGAUUUCUCGGAGAAUUAUAAGGCGUACAAGAAUUUGACGAACGCACAACUCGACGUCAUCAUGCAGGAGACUCCCGGUGUCAUGGCCAACGAAGGCUUUAUCGGUCUGCUGGAGAAACGUAUCUUGCCUCUCCCGCUGAUGGACUCGGCCAAGGUUGAGAAGGGCGAGAGUCAUCGGGAGUGGCUGGAACGAAUGACUGCAUUUGUUGACUCGCUCCCGUCAAAGUUCAACCGGCACAAGCUGUCUGUUUACUUGAUGAGUCUAGAGUUCGAUCUCGCCUCGGGCGUUUGGAAUCAAGUCAAGUUUUUGAAGUAUGCUGCCAUUUAUCGCAACCACUACGAGUACAACAGCACUACAUUGAAAGGAAAUGACUAUGUCGACAUGAGCAUCAGAGGACCUUUGCCUCAUUGGUCAAAUAGAGUCAAGGUUGCCACAAGAGAGCGCGACACUGAAAUCGUGGACGAGUACCUGGAGCACUUUUUGAAGAUUGAGAAGUCGACAUCAGCCUACGAAGCCUACUUCUCGUUGCCGUUCCUCAAUGCCCUUCUCGGUCGCGUGAUGCUCUUCUCUGGAGACAAAGACGAGAAAUGGUCAAAGAUGCUGGACGCCCGCGAAAACAUCAGCUCACUCACCGACCGAACCAUCCUAAAGUUCUCCAGCGACAACCCCAACGUCUUUUUGCCAUCAGAUCCCGUUGUCUUCAAGCUGAAGAUCAAGAAUGCCAACCGUGUCCUGGUUCGCAUUUUUGAGGUCAAGACACUGGAGUACCUCCAGCAACACAACGGUCCAGUGGGCCAAGCUCUGAACUUGGAUGGACUGACUCCCAACUGGGAACACAAUCUGACAUUUGACCAUCCGCCCAUUGAGAUGCAUGAGGUUCUGAUCGACUUGCCUGAGCUUGCUGACCGUCGAGGAUCGUUUAUCAUGGAUGUCAUCUCUGGUGGUGAAAACAGCUCUGUCUACCUCACCAAGGGAUUCUUUGACUACAUAGAGAGACCAAGUGCGGCGGGUCAUGUAUUGACCAUCAUUGACGAGGACCAAAAGAAGAUUGAUAAGGACGUGUCUGUCUGGUUCAACGGAUACUACUACAAGACGAACGAGAGGGGCGACAUUGUGAUCCCUUUCCGCCGCAAAGGCGGGGAUACCCCGGCGGCUUUCAUCUACAUCAACCACAAGGAGUUCACAACCCGCCGACCUUUCUUCCAGCGCCCCGAGUCAUACUCAAUGACACUGUCGUUCCACAUUAACAGCGAAUCUCUUGUCGCUGGUUCAACUGCCAAGGUCUUGCUCAAGCCAGUCGUGGUUCUCGACGGCGUUGAUGUGGUUUGCCCAGUCGAGCUGCUUGACCAGGUUACUUUGGAAGUUGCUACCUUUGAUACCAACUGUAUCGAGGCUAUCAACACCGUGUCUGAUUUCAAGAUCUACGAUGCCGACUGGUCAGAGCACAGCUUCCAGGUUCCUGAGAACCUUGUGUCGGUUGGCUUUACACUCUCGGCGCGCAUCAAGGUCCUUGCCACUGGUGACUUUGUUGAACUAUCGGAUACCAAGGACAUUAAAAUCGAACCUAACGGAGCCGACAAGUCUGUGAAUGUUGUUUCUAAGCUCCGCAAGCAAGCGGUUCAAGUUCACGGAGAGAUCUACACCUCGCUGAAGAAAACCGAGAGCGGCUACGAGGUCCAUGUCUUUGGAAGGAACGGCGAGAAGAGACCCAACAUCCCUCUUCAGUUCACACUCACCCACUCGAUCUGGGAAGAGUCAUUCACCAUCUUCUUGCGCUCGGACGAGAAUGGUGUUGCGCACCUUGGACCACUUCUGGACAUUGAUGAAUUGAGCUGCGAACCUACACAAGACGUCUGGGAGCUCCAUGAGCUGACUAUCAGUAAUCUCCCGGGUAGUAUCCAUGCAACUGUGGGCCAGCCCAUUCAUUUGCCUAUGGGCCGCUCGGAUGUGAGCUUGGUCCGGACCGUUUCGCUCUUCAGGCGUUCACCUGAAACUGGCAACGACGAAUGUCUUCUUGAGGACUGUACUUCGAAGGCCAAGUACGACAACGGUGUUGUGACGAUCCGGAACCUCGCUGCAGGAUACUACACCUUCAGGGUCGGGGAUCUCAUGGAGAUCCUGAUCACCAUCUGCCACCCGCCUACCAAGCCCACCAUCGAAGGAUUGGGAGAGUUCAACAUCGACUCGCAAUGGUUGGUCCAGAUCCCCGAUAGCGCUAAGCACCCGCUCUAUGUCCAAUCCCCUAUCGCUAACGAGGAGACUCGGACGGUCGAGAUCCAGGUCCGCAACUGGACGCCGGAUACUAGGGUUCUUAUAGUUGCGACAAAGUUCUUGCCACCCAAAAUGGCGUAUGGGAAGCUUUCUGUAAUAGACUUUGAGAAGUCGUCGUUGAAGGCCAAGGCAGAGCUCACGAAGACUACUUAUCGGACUGGACGAGUGUUGGGUGAUGAGUAUCAGUAUAUUUUGAACAGGAAGGCACAGUCCACUCAUUGGGCUGGCAACCUUCUGACUAAGCCCAGCGCGCUUUUGGCGCCAUAUAGCAUCGCCGAUACGACUAUGAAGAAUCAAUCAAUGUCGAACCAGGACACGACCAACAUGACGGCCAGAUCGAACGCGUUCGGAAGCGCAGGAGCAGGAGGACAACGACUCGGUAAGGGAGGUGCUUUUCGUCACCGCAAGAUCAUCCCUCCAGGUUUGCACCCCGUUCUGGGUUUCAUGGCGAACCCCAAUGUUGUUAUCGCCAACUUGGUCCCCGACCAGUCGACCGGUCUUGUCAGUAUUUCUUAUGACGCUUUCGGCGAGUGUAACUUCUUGCAAAUCUUUGUCAGUGAUGCCCACCAGUCUCUUCUGAGGACCUUGGUCGUUCCUGGACUGAGUGACGUCGAGUACCAGAAGCGCGAUCUGUGCUUCAAGAGUGCUUUGGUCCACAACAAGCACUAUAUUGGUGAACGGACAGGAGUUCAGUUGGAUCCCAAGUUGCGUACCACCACCAUCAGCAGCAGCGGAGUAGCCAGUACAUCGGAAACGCACACGAUCCAGCUGAGCUCGACCGGAAGCUCGGCCUCGUCAAUUCGCGUGAUCAACUCUGUCAGCCAGGUGUAUGACCUGUUGAUGACCCUCCUGCAGCAUUCCGCACAGGCGACGCUUCGCAAGUUUGGGUUCGUUGUCGAGUGGGACCGCCUCUCGCUUGCAGACAAGAACGAAAAGUUCUCCAAGUGGACCUGUCAUGAGUUGAACUUGUUCUUGUACAAGAAGGAUCGCAAGUACUUUGACGAUGUCGUCGCUCCCUUCAUCAAGAACAAGCUGAUCAAGUCCUUCGUGGACGACUACUUGAUCGGCGUCUCCCUCGAAAAAUACACGUCCCUCAAGGAAUUCAACCUCCUGACGUGUAUGGAGAAAUGUCUCCUCGCUCAACGCAUCCCCCGUCUGAAACCCUCGGUCGCUCAAUGGAUCCGGAGCAGAGCCGGCAACACUAAAGUCGCGGCCGAUAUCAAGCUCUUCCAGACCAUCAUGAAAUCAGGAGCUAUUCAAGAGUUGGCCCCAGCUCCUUCUUCGCCAAAGUAUUCGCCUACUUCUCCGGGUUAUUCGCCUACUUCUCCGGGUUAUUCGCCUACUUCUCCGAGUUAUUCGCCUACUUCUCCGAAGCAUAGCCGAGGCGUAUCCGAGGACGAGGACGAAGACGAAGACUCAGACGACUACGAAUUCGUGGAAACCGCCGUCAGCGCCGCCGUCCCUCCUCCUCAACCGCAAGCACAGGCACAGUUGCAGCAACAGAGUUGGGCCGCGGCGCCCCCACCACCUCCUCCUCUUUCUGCCUUGCCUGCCCCGUCUGCACCAGGUUCGUUCGGUUCUUCUGCUUCCAAUGCCACUACUACAACCCCUAGUUUUUCGUUUGGAGCUCGUUCUAGCAAUGCAUUUGGUGGAUUUGCUGCUCCUGCUACGGCACCUACGACUGGUGGUGGUGGUGGUGGUGGGUUGUUUGGUAGUGCGGCUCCUUCUACAGGUGGUAGUUUGUUUGGAAGUACAACCCCUUCCACGGGAGGUAGUUUGUUUGGAGGUGCUCCCCCUCCUGGAGGCACUCCUUUGUUUGGCGGUCAACCUCCGUCCAAAUCACUUGCCUUUGGAGUCACCUCUACCCCCUCCUCUGCUGGUUUGUUUGGAACAACAACAACCUCUACCACUGGCAAUAUGAUUGGUAGCAGCAAUGUGUUUGGUUCAGCCUCUUCCACAAUUGCUGCUCCUACUGGUUUUGGUGCAACAGCAGCAGCAGUAGCUUCUACUCCCUCUUCUGGUAGUUUGUUUGGUGGCGCUCCCCGUCCAUCUGAAUUUGGAGUUCCUGCUGUACACACUUCCGGCUUGUUUGGUGCCCCUUCUUCCAACAAGAGUAUCUUUGCUCAACCGGCCACUACCACUAAAAGUGCUUUCGGAGCACCUUCUUCCACUGGUUCCAUUUUUGGUGAAGUUGCUCCCACCGGUCGAUUGUUUGGUGGUGCCCUUCCUCCUCCUGCUUCUGCUACUGGGUUUGGGGGGUUUGGUUCUGCAGCUCCUGCUAGCAAGGGUUUUGGGGGUUUUGGCUCAGCUGCUUCAACUACUGGCAACUUGUUUGGGGGCUUUGGUGCGAGUAACAAUACUUCAAGUGCUCCAAAAAUUGAUCCUUUCGGUUCUCCAGCUGGAACUAGUCUUUUCUCUGUUCUAAACGAUGUUGAUGUUCUUGGAUUUGAUUCAGGUGGAGAUCAAGGUCGUGAUCGCAAUCGGUACUUAGCGACAUCGUUGUACUUCAACAGCGCCGAGGCUCGCGAAAAGACUGCCCAGACUGUCCAGAGCCAGUUCAAGCCCAUCGAUUUGACCAAGGAGAUGGCCGAGACUUAUUACUAUGGACGACAGGAUUUCGACAAGAACCUCGGCGCAGGCGAUGUUAAUGCGUUCUGGCUCGACUAUGCAGAGUGGGAUGAAUCCCUUGGAGGAUCUUUCCUGUCACAGAAUUUUGUAGUUAAUACCGAUUCGUUCACGAAUGCUAUGGCCACCUUGGCGUUGCUGGAUUUGACCUUCAAGCCCAAGGAGACCCACGUCCGCCGCACUCCGGACAGCAAUUUGGCCAUCUCGUCAAAUUCGCCCGCAAUCAUCUUCCACUCUUCCACUAAGGAGACAAAAGAGCCCCCAGCUACUGGAUCGAUUCUGGUGACCCAGCAGUAUUUCUCACAGUUGGAUCGCGAAGAGUACGAUGCCAAACUGAAGGCCUACGUCCGUUCUUACAUCCAACCUGGGGCCGAGCUCAGGCCGUUGGAGUCCUAUGGAGCCCAUGUGGUUCUAAUGAACGCGACACCGAACCCAAUGAAGUUGCAUUUGGAGGUCCAGCUCCCCGAGGGAGCAAUGCCGAUCUACGGCAUCGAGGCAGGUCAGGACAUCAUGCUGGAAGCCCACGAUAGCUUCCAGUACGAAUACACCUUCUACUUCCCCAAGGAAGGAGACUACCCACACUACCCCGCACACGUCUCGGACUAUGACGAUAUCGUUGCCUUUGCCCAACCCUCGGUCCUCAAGGUUCGCACCUGUCAACCGGGUAGUGCUGUUCGUGACACUCUGGACAAGACCACUUGGAGCUAUGUUCUUACACAUGGAACUCAGGAGGAUGUCUUGGCAAAGUUGGCAAAGGACCCUCUGGACGGUAUGAGGGUUGAGAUUCUGAUUCCUCGCCUUUACAGAGACGCCGCGUUCUUGAGACGCGUUACUGAUGUGUUAAGAGACCGACAUGAGUACAAUGACCGGAUCUGGAGCGUCAGCUUGGUCCUCAAAGGUGAGGAUAAGCUGGUGGGCGAGUAUAUUGUUCAGCAGCCGAUUUAUCAUAGAGUGGGCGAUUGGUUCACGUCGGCUCUUUUGAAGCGCCGGACGCGGAGUCGCUAUGAGGUCAGCAAUGGGGCUUUCCAUUACCUUGAGUACUUCCCUCUCAUCAACGCCCGAGUUCACAAGGCGAAGCGGGACGCGACCAUCCUCAACGACCGCUUCAAGGCCCAAUACGACCGGUUCUUGAACCUCCUCUGCCAAAAGCCCGAGCACGAUGCCAGCGACCUUCUCGUCCUGAUUGUCUACCUCCUGGCCCAGGACAGGAUCAUGGAGGCCAAGGAUCACUUUUUCACCCUGUCCAAGUUGGUCGAGGAAGAACAAACCAAGGCCGAGGCCAGGGAUGAGGAACAGGAACGGGAGUUCAACGCACAACAGAUCCAGUAUGACUACCUGAGAGCCUACCUCAGUCUCUGUGUUGAGGUGCAGGUCGAUUCUGCAGCUGCUGACCUUGAGUUGGAUCUGAAGGGCAUUCGGGAGAUUGUUAACAAAUACAGGAACUACCCCGUCAAGCGCUGGAACCGUCUUUUUAAGGACAUGAGGGUCUAUGUGGAAGCUAUCCAGAAGAGCGCUAUCGACGCCACGGCUGAAGAGGCAGCUGAUGCUGAUGACUCGACAGCUGCUGCCCCGGCCGCCCAGGACGCCUCUAAUGAUGACGCCGAAAGCGCGACAGUCAAGCGGAUCAAGGAGGUACCCGUCACGGUCGACUUCAAGAUAGGAUCUGAUAGCCAGAUCGAGAUCCGUCACUCUGGCGUAGACGAGGUCACGGUCGAGUACUAUGUCAUCGAUGCCGAGACUAUGUUCUCAAACUCCCCCCUGACCUUCAGCGAGCACAGCCAGGUCGAGACCCAAACUGCAUCUAACAACGUCAGCGCCAGUGGAGGAUCUGGCAGCACGGUCGUCGCCAGUAACAGCUACCGUCUCUUGAAACCCAACGGCAUCGACAAGCACACCGUCCAACAACGCGCCCUCUCCCAGGAUACACCUCUGAUCGUCCCCAUCCUCGAAAAGUACCGCAACACCAACCUCAUGGUCUCGGUCUCGACGUCCCCUCCCACUGCGACCCGGACCUGGAAGGCCUACUACUCCCAGACGAUUACCGUCCAAUGCCACGAGCGAUCCGGAACCAUCAAGAUCGCGACCAAGGCCGAUACUCAGAACAAGGUCCGAAGCAGGGCCAUCCGGGGCGCGUAUGUGAAGGUCUAUGCAGAGAUGAAGCGUGGAUUCCAGAACACUACCUUCUGGAAGGACGGGUACACAGACUUGAUUGGCCAGUUUGCGUAUGCAGCCGUGUCGACGGGUGCAACGGAUGGUGGAUCUUACAAUUCAGCGGUUGGACGGACAAAUGGGUUGUCGGACGUGGAGCGGUUUGUGGUGUUUGUUGAUGGUGGUAAGGAGGGAUGUGUCGUCAAGACAGUUCCCGUCCCUCCCCUCUAA